CGCGGAGAACGCUAUCUUGUGUUUAUAAGAUCUUUGGUUGACACUUAGUUGGUAACUUUUUUUGACAAGAGGAAGCGUGUUGAGGAAAAUAUCAUUAAAAUUAUGCCAGUUAUAGAAGAAACAAAGCAUUUGGAAGUUGAUUCCCCACUUCCUCCAUUGAAGAAAGGAUUGAUACGUAUCUACAGCAACAGAUUCUGUCCUUUUGCUCAUAGAACUCGUCUAGUACUUGCAGCCAAGUCCGCAAAUUAUGAAAUCAUCAAUAUUAAUCUUAAGAAAAAACCAAGAUGGUACUCAGAUAAAAACCCAAUGGGAACAACACCUUGCUUGGAGAAAGAUGAUGCCAUAGUCUGGGACUCGACCAUCACCUGUGAUUACCUGGAUGACAUCAUCAGCGAAAACCCAUUGUGGCCUACAGAUCCACUUGCAAAGGCUAAAGAUCGGAUGUUGAUAGAUUUCUUUGGAAGCAAGGUUUCUCCUAAUUUUAUGAAGCUCACUUUUUACCCUGUGGAAGGUAAAGAGGAAUUUCAUCAACAGGAGUAUGAAAAGUAUGUAGGCCAGCUGGAACAGAAUCUUUCUGAUCGAGGAACUACAUUUUUUGCAGGAGCCAAGCCUGGUAUGGUGGACUAUAUAAUGUGGCCGUGGUUUGAACGAUGGGUUCUUCUGGAAGACAGUUUUCCAAAGAAUAAUUUCCCAAAAAUCUUGACUUGGCGUCAGAAUAUGAUGGCUACUCCUGCAGUGAAGGAAGCAGAGGCGUCAUCAGAGAUGCAUAAGAAAUACUUCAAGAAUUUCCAGCAAAAAAUAUUUCAGUAUGAUUACUAGAAUCAGUGAAUCCAUACCCAAGUACCCCCAGGUACACCUUUUAAGUUUCGCACCUUGGAAACAAAAUUACGAUCUUGGGCUUGCAUCAGUGUUUCAAGAAAGAAUGCCCUUGUGAAGUGCUUAGAUAGCUGAUUUUUUUUUUGCCUAUGGGCUCUAAAAGAGAACUAGGUAUAUGUAUGAGAUAAUCAAAUGUUAUGGGGACUUAAUAAAUUAGACAGAUGACUAAGUUUUCUAGCUAGCGUUGGCAUCCUCUCCACUGUUAUAAAGCCUGUACUACAUUAACAUUGAAAUGGUGCCUAUAUAAAAUCUAUAAUAAUAAUAAACUUUAUUCAUUCCACCACCUCUGGUACAAACCCGAAACCAAGAAGGCAAUGCCUGUAAGCAGGUCCGGUGCUAACUUAUACUGUAAAUUAAUGCCUUAAAUAAACAUCUAACGGAUACAAACAUGGUCCUAAACUCGCCUAACUCUCCUGAGGGGGGUUUUCGAGGAGCUGAGCGUUUUUUGUUAUUAUAAAAGACCCGAAUUCAAUACUCGACACAGAGCCAGGUAUCGAACCCGGGCCCUGACGUGCAAGAGGCAGGAACCAUACCAAUUAGCCAAACCCUCAGCUCAGUUUUUGAUAGGCAUUAAAGGCAAAAAUAAUAGUUGCAUUGGUGAAAAGGGAGGAAAAAGUGAAUUUAUUAUACUGUAUAGAUACAUUUAAAGGGCUUCAUGAAUGUGCUGAACAUAAAUCUGAAUAGAUAGACUUUACACGUAAACCUGAACUCCUUAACAUAGAUUUACGGGCCACUGAUUAAUCUCAGAUAAGAAAGUAUAAUAUGUACUCCAAGUAUUGAAAUGUAUCUUGUUGGGAUUCAAUAUUUCAACAUGAUGUCAUCAUCAGGAAUGCUUCCUGAUGUAGAUCUAAACAUUUUGUGUAAGCCCGAGAUUAAAGUAUUAGAGAUUACUGUAAUCUUUUUAAUUGGUUUACAGUACCUGAAUUCCUUAGCUACUUAUUACAGUGAAAUCUACUUUUUUUUCUUGUUAACCCCUUCCCCUAACAACAUAUUCAACCCUUCAUUUAUAAUCUCAAUUGACUUCCAAGAACAGUACUUGAUUUUAAACCACUUCUUCAAACAACCAUCAUGUUUUUUUUUUACAGUAUUGCGUGUGUUUCCUCCAAUGCACUCUGUUCCAACAACAAACACCUCGUACAAGUCCCUUCUUUAAGAAGUAAACUUAUGGUCAAUGUUUGUUUUUUGAGAUGAGAGCCUGAGGCUAUCAAAAAUAUAUAUUUGUAUGCUGUCGUUGAUGGUGAUGAUGAACUAAUGAAAUCAAAUCAAAAACAUUUAAAUAAAACAGUACUACUGUAUAAAAAGUGAAUACUGAUAAAGUUUAUAUUUUCUUAGGCUCAUAAUAUUGUUAAUGUUUUAUAUAUUUUUAUAAACUAUUUUGUUUAAAUUGAAUGUGAAGGUACUGUUUAAUUUGUGUCUACUGCCCCUCAGGAAGCAGUAGACACUAUGGUGUCGCGCAACAGUUGACCAUUGUAAUUCCGGUGGAGGUCAUGUGUAUCUUAUAUGUGGUUAGUAACAGGUCACUGUAUUGGACACACGCUCUUGCUGGGAGCCUAUUUUUUUAAAUGUUACUACAGGUAUAUCAAAAUUGGUGAAGGGAAAUAAAAACGUAUAUGCUGCAAGUAGAGUGCAGCAUAUAUGCAGUACUUAGAUAUAUUAAUGAUUUUAAUAAUGCUAUUUCUUUUAUUUAUUCACAGGAUAAAGGAAAUAUGUUUUUGAUACUAAAGGUUUUGUAUGUACUGUAUUGGGUUUUUUGUGUCGUAAGAAAAGGCUCAACAAAACAAAACUGAAUCCAGUUGUAAAUAUGAACAUUUUAUUCUCAAAUAUUUACAAUUCAAACUGUAUAAUAUCACAAACUUUUAAAAUUACAUUCAAAACACUAAUAAAAUGUACACCAUUGUCUGUGUAUUAAUAACAAACUUCAUAAUCGCAAUACAAUAUAAUAAGAAGGUAAGGCGUGACUUUUUUUAUCCUUGUUUCGCUUACU